CGAUGCAAACGUUCCAGUGAAUGAUCCUCCGUGUUCAACGACGCGAGUGCACCGUCUCUGCGUCCACGAAAGAGUCGACGAUUUUUCGGAAGCAUCAAUCAUCUCGAACAAUUGUGAAGUGGAUCGAUCGAGGGGGUGGAAAAAGGGAAAGAAAAGGGAGAAAGGGCGAGUCGAGUUUCGUUCCUUUCGCCAUACCAUUUUCGCUGGUAGUUGAUGCUUCGAAUAUUGGAAAUACUUUUAUUCUGAUCCACGGGAAAUAAAAUAAUCGGGGGGGAAAGGAGGAUGAAUAGAACGGUGCAUUACGCGUUGGUGGCGUUCUGGGAGAAGUCGGGGUGCAAGAUCGUGGCCGAUUACCCGGCGAAGCAGGAUCCAGCUUACAGGGAGAUCGCUUUGAGCACGGUCGAUGGACUAAAGUCGGUGGAGAACGACAAGAUCAGCUUCGAUCGGGGCAAGUACACAGUGCACGUGCUUAUCGGUGAACUUCACUACGCCUGCCUGACCCUGAAACCGGAUUGCCCUUCGUCGGCAGCCAAGCUGGAGUCCUGUUCCCAGGUAUUUCUGGAGAGGUUGAGAAGCAUUUACAAGGAACUUCCUAUCCUGGCCGAUCUGACCAGAGAUCUGACCAGUUUAACUGUCAUCGAUCUCUCGAAACCUUUGAAAAAGAUAGAUGAAUACAAUCAACAUAACACCGACGUGAUCCCAAGAUUGGAAGGAGAAUUGGCGGAAAUUCGCGAAAUAUUGAUGGACGGGGUUCAGAAAUUGAUCGACAGAGGCGAGAGGCUCGACGAACUCGUUCGAAAGACUCAGAGCUUGCAAAUUAUGUCAAAGGAUUUUCACGUAUUGGCAAGAACGAACAAGAAGAGGAAGAACGCCAUUAUGGCGGUGAUGACGGUGACGUUUAUGUUUUUCUCUACGACCCUCUUCGUGUUUCUACUCUACGUAGGGAUUCUCUGAGAAAUUGUUAUAAACAUAACGCAUAAGAUUUUCUAAGAAAUACGAGAAAAUAAAUAAUUUAUUAGCCAGAAGAAUAUAUCGUUUUCUGACUUUCUGCGUACACAUAAUUCUUCUUGAACGAACAACCGAAGAUUGUUAUUAAUUAAAAAAAAAAAAAAAUAAGCAAAUUGAAAGCAAUCGCAGCAAAGUUCACAAUCACAUAUCAUACAAGUACAAAUAAUUUCCCAUUUCCGUCCGAAUCUUAUUGAAACGAAAGUCGUCGAAAAUGGCAUCGGUGAACGAAUUAAUGAUAGAUUUCGUUCAAUUCGAAGACGACAUCAGACGAAAAGAAUGCGUAGCAGAAGCGACCAGAUAUUUGUAUUUCAUCGCUGCACGAAGGAUACAGGUUAAUGAAGCUUGUUCGAGAUAACUUGGAUAGAGGAAUUCCUAGAAAAAGUUUUUCCAGGGAUCCUUUGAAAUCCCUGAGAACGACUUGCGAAUAAGAUAACCCCAGCCUACGAUAACGACAAUUUCUGCCCGAGUUUAUCGUUUUUUCUUAUCUGAACGGCGAGCCUCGCUAAUAAUAAAGCUUCCAGUGUUGUAACCGUAACCGGUCCGUGAGAUAUCGAUUAUUUAAGGUCAAGAUCACGACACAUCGAUCCAUGACUCCUCCGUUGUUGUUUUUCUCUUCUUGAUCCAUAAGAUUCUCACCUGGAAAAUACAUUUUGUGAUUCUAAUAUAUAUAUAUUUUAAUAAACAGAGAAAAUUUGAA